UCAGCUCUCUACUGAAGUGUGCCAGAAUUCAUACCACCUGACAUCGAAUCAUCUACAGCUCUGGUCAACAAAUCGUCCUGGCAAGUGGAGCAAAGAUUUUUCCUUCUGGUAGCAUCUGGUUCGAGCACUCCGAAAAUCUCAGGGGUAACCGAAUCGAGCCAGAGACAAGGGAGCAUUUUGCCAGAUCACAUGAGCAUUCCAUGCAGAUGUAUGGUGAAAUACGACCGUAUGUGUAUACGAAUAGCGUGCUAUUCCGGAGAGGUCAGUGUGUUUGUUCGUUCAUGCGAGCAGGUUGUUGGAGGUGCUCAGGUGAUCACUGGAAGUAUAAGAGGGCUCCGUCCGAAUUGUCGAUCAUGCUUCCAGAGACAUCUUCAAUGCUGACAAGGACGAUACUACUUUUGGCAGCCAUGACAGAUUUCAAGGGCCCUUUGGCCGUCCCCUUAGACGACAACGCGAUACCAAUGGGACCCAUCACGGCCGAAAGCAGAAAUAAACCAGCACUUUCCACUUCGGAAUAUUCCAAUGAAGAUUCCAUCACCCUCAACGGACACACCUUCAUUAAGCUCAAAGCCAACUUGACAGCGGACGAAAUGCCCAGGUUCAAUAUCAAAGUGGCUGUAAGUGAUGUGACGGUCGACGUCGGGGGUUGGGACCUCAAUACUGAAAUACAUGAUUGGGCGGUCUCAAAAUUCAUUCCGUUCACUGCUGCAAUCUCCAAAAGAAUGAAGGUGUGGACUCAAGGAUGCCAUGAAACAACAACUCCACAUGAGCUUGAGGUCAAAAUCAGAAUCCAUGGAGCGUGGGGCGCUUUGAAGGAUUAUCAUCACAAAAAGGAGCUCGUCUCAGAAGAAAAAGUCCGGGGAUUAUUGUUGAAUGCGCUUAUUCAGGUUUUGUACGAGGCAAGCGCACACAAUUCUUAUGAGGUGUAUACCGCAUGCUUCAACAACAAUCCAGAUUACGGUUCUGUCCCUGCAGCAGGCCACCCCUGGUAUUGUCCAGAGCGGAAUCCCAUAUCGCAGUGCCAAGAAACUGGGAAAAUAUCUGGCUGCGGGUGGAAGGAAACCCAGGCUUGUAACUCAAGUACUUGUGGCCUUAAAGGGACUGGGGUGUCUGGUCCUUGUUUGGACAAGCUUCCUGGAAUGCACUUGCCCAACUUUGUUCAAGCAUACAUCUAUGACGGUGACGAAAAAGCGGGUAGCGACUUGAAAAUCUCUUUCAAAGCUAAGCACCUCAAGAAACAGGAAGGUUGUAGCUUCUUUCUGAAGGUGCUGUACGCGAUGACUCUGAUGACGACCGGAUAUGCCAUGGGUCUAUUCAAGGCUGUGCUUUAUGUUGGGUGUGCUGAUGUGGAUUUGCAGAAAGCGACUAAGGAGAAUCAUGAUGACGACGACGACGACGAUGACGAUGACGACGAUGCUUGAGCCGACGCUGUUCUCAUCAAUGCAUAUAGGAACGAGAUACAAAAUGUCCUGAAUCCUGAUGUACUAGUACUAGCAAUCGAAUGAUUCUCUUUCUUUGGUGUACAGUAUUGACCAAUCUUGUUCAUCGUUGUACAG